CCAGAAGAAGAACAUUCUCUGCUAUCGUACACAGGAAGUGUAAAAUGUUGUUGCUUCAAGACAGUUAAGCUUUCGUUAGGGAAUAUUGCGAGAAAUAUCCCAUUUUUUUGUUUCAACAGCAAACUAAUUAAGAAGUCUCAAUGCAUCCUGUAUGUGGCCAUUCUGCUUUGCUAGCCUAGCUGUCUUGGGUACGCAUGCAUGACAACAAAAUGGCAGCGCCUUUCAAAAUCCCGAAGAAGAAGCAGUCUGAAGGGGAUAAUAUGCAGAUGCUCUCGCCGUUGUCACGAAUCCAGGAUGCCAACAGCCAUUUCAAGACAUCGAACUGGAGUAGUUACAAUGGAGUACAACAUGACAAGUCUCACCCUGUAAAUGGGCACAGCUCCAGGGCAGAUAACAGAAGCACCCCUAACAAACCUACAUUCAGGGAAGUCGUCAGAGCGCGACUGGAGAUCCACCAUCCAAUGAGAUCCAAGUCCAGUCAGCCAACAGCCUAUCAGAAGUCAGGGCAGGCGAGACAGGAUCCAGGAAGUCACAGGGGAGACACCCCAGAGCACAGCAAAUUGAAAACACAGCAACUACAGAAAACGUGGCGCCCUAAGAGAGCAUCAGACAGGUUGUGUCGUGAUGAGAACCAGGAAACUGGCUGUGUGUCACCACAGAGGAAGACUCAUCGAACUGGGCAGAAUGAUUCAUCGACAUCUCUGCAACCUAGUCCUUUGGAAACGGACUCUGAUGACUCUGGUCCAGAACUGCCAGCAGAGACGACUUGUUCAUCCAGGACCAGAACCCUGCCUGGGGCUACAUCCCUGGGCGAGGCGGCCUGGAGGAAACAGAACUUGAGAACAAACGGUACCUUGUCUCCAAGCACUGAGGAGGAUAAAACGAUUUGCAAACCGACAACUCCUGACUUGGGGCGGAACGGUAACAGGACCCAUACCCGGUUUGGAACGCUGACCUCUGGAACCUUCCGUACCCCCGCCUUGGCCUCACCUCGCUCAGGACGGAACUCAGACGAGGACGCGGUCUCCCCCGCCCGGCUCACCUCUCCGUGUGACGGAGGGGCUGCCAGAACCCCCCUCAACCGCAACGGAUCCUCAGCCACCAAGAGACCGUCACCCCAGAAGACUCCCCCUUGCAAGCCUGGAGACUGGCGAGCGAGGAGGGAGAGGGCCCAGGGGGCUGAACCAAAGCACCUCUCCCUCCAUCUAAGACUCAAAGGAUCCAAACAUGCGUCGACAGAGCCAAUUGUUCUCUCCAGUGACGAGGAGGCGGAGAUGUGUGAGCAACUGCUCCCGGGCCCCAGUCAGAGGACCCCUCAGAGGGGCCCCAGCCCCCCACAGAGGGGCCCCAGCCCCCCACUGAGGGGCCCCAGUCAGAGGACCCCACAGAGGGGCCCCAGCCCCCCACAGAGGGGCCCCAGUCAGAGGACCCCACAGAGGGGCCCCAGCCCCCCACAGAGGGGCCCCAGUCAGAGGACCCCACAGAGGGGCCCCAGCCCCCCACAGAGGGGCCCCAGCCCCCCUCAGAGGGGCCCCAGCCCCCCUUCCGCCACCCUGGCACCGGGGGCACACACUCAGACUGGAGAGAAGGCUUCUGUCUCCAGUCAGAGAGACGAGCGACCUGGCAGCCCCCAGCCGCCCCCUCCCAUCCUGGAGCUGCCCUUUGUCACCCUGCACGCCGGCGGGGUGAGGGCUGAGGCCAAUGGCAACAUUACGAUCACAGAUGACGGCAUCACCCUGCCUCUGAAAGACCCAGGAAGUGGGCGGGAGGGCGAGGGCAUCUCGGUGAGCCUGGUGGCCUCCCAGCUGCGGGGCUACGGGCUGUGGGAGGGCGCCGUGGCGCAGUCGGGCUCCGUGCUGCGUGGCUGGGAGGGCCCGGCCCCCUCGCUGCUCUUCCUCUGGGUGUCGCACGCCCAGGCAGCCCUGAUCCAGACGGAGCUGUCGACCAUCCACCCGGUCUCCACUUCAGGCCAGCCGUGUCCCUUCCUGCUCCUGGUGCUCCAGGACCAGCUGGGGGAGCUCCAGGCUGCCCUCCUGGCCUCCAUGCUGGCAGAGGAGGCCUUCAGCCUGGGCAGCAGCCAGGACCUGCACUCCCCGCUGUCCUGGGCCGAGGGCCUGGCCCUCAUCCACAGCUGUCCCCAGGAGGAGCAGCUGCUAGCCCUGCUGGGCCCGGCUGCACCCACACGCCUGGAGGACAGGGCUGCACCCUCACCAGCGCAGGAUGGUUUGGGACGCUUGAGAAGCAGCCACAGGAGCAGAGAGCCUUACAGCAGAACCACCUCCAGACUGCAGGGACUUCCCACCAGGUUGAUCCAGUACCCAUCAGCGCCCUCUAAAGGGAGGAUCACCGUGACGACGGAGGACUUGGAGUGUCUGGACAGCGGCCAGUUCCUGAAUGACGUCAUCAUCGACUUCUACCUCAAAUAUCUUCUGCUGGAGUGGGCGGGGGGCGAGCUGGCGGAGCGAUGUCACGUCUUCAGCAGCUUCUUCUACAAGCAGCUGACGCGCUGCGACACCGCCAGCGAGGAGGCCGCUGCCGUGCCGCCUCGGAACCGAAGGCACCAGCGUGUGAAGACUUGGACACGCAGCGUAGACAUCUUCAACAAAGACUACCUGUUUGUUCCAGUCAACCACGAAGCUCACUGGUACUUGGUCAUCAUCUGUUUCCCUGGCCUGGAGGACGCCAGUCACACGGCGUGGCCACGCCCAGCUCCAGCAGGGGGGAGCAGCAGCCUUAGGGGGAGACUGAAGGCGUCAGAGGAGGGGUCCCCUGGAGGCUCCGCCCCGCCCAGCUCCACGCCAGAGAGGGGAGCAGGUUGUAUAAGGCAAAACCCCAGUACUCAUGGGUCACAUAAUCCACCGGAGUGCACACAAGACGGUUGUCAAAGAGAGACGAUCUGUAAGAGACCCUGUAUUCUGGUCAUGGAUUCCCUGAAGCUGUCUUACCAUGAGCGCAUCUUCAAGCUGCUGCGAGAGUACCUGCAGGUGGAGUGGGAGGUCCGUAAGCGCACCCCCCGAGACUUCACGGCAGACAACAUGAAGAGCUCCCACUGUCGGGUCCCCCUGCAGGACAACAGCAGCGACUGCGGCCUCUACCUGUUGCAGUAUGUGGAGAGCUUUCUGCAGAACCCUGUGGUGCACUUUGACCUUCCUGUUCGCCUGGAACACUGGUUUCCACGACAACGGGUGUGGCGAAAGAGGGAGGAGAUCCGGAGAUUAGUCAUGCAGCUGCAUGGUUGUCAAGGCGACCACGAGGCCGGAAACGGGUGACCGAGGAAAACUAAAAGAGGACCAGUCGUUUUCUAGAUGUUAUCGUUUGCUGUGGGCAUUACUGCGCGAACACUGUGAAGGCCUUUUAUAAAAAGACACUAAAUCUGAAUUCCGUCUACAUUCCUUAGAUAUCAAUGGUAUGUAGAAUAAUGUAUUUUAAAAACUAUUGCACAUAAUUUAAUGUUCACUCAGGUUUGACGAAGAGAAUGGAAACAUUGGAUGUUGGCUUGAAUAAAAUAUUUUUCCUAAGGUA